UCAGGGAACUUCAUCAGCAAUCUGCCAAAUCGAUUCAGAAAUAUAUUAAUUUUUUUGAAGCAUCUUUGGAUUUCCUGGAAAGCGACGUGAAAUGCAGGCAUCAAGAGCAAGAUUGUUUAAGGAAUACAAAGAGGUGCAGCGAGAGAAGGCGGCCGAUCCCGAUAUUCAACUUGUUUGUGAUGAUUCCAACAUAUUCAAGUGGACUGCUCUUAUUAAGGGACCAUCUGAGACACCUUACGAAGGCGGAGUGUUUCAGCUAGCUUUUGCCGUUCCUGAGCAAUACCCUUUGCAACCCCCUCAAGUUCGGUUCUUAACAAAAAUAUUUCACCCCAAUGUGCAUUUCAAGACGGGAGAGAUUUGCCUUCAUAUAUUGCAUGUAACAGUGUCAUCACAUGUGUCCUCGGAUAUGUGUGAGAUGCGCAAGAAAGACUGGACGAAAAUCUGGCCAUUUGCAUUGGAUGGUGGCCGGAAUAUAUUAAAGAGAAAAGCUGUAAGCUUCCUCCUUACUUGUUCCGAAGUUCAGAUGGUGGUGUUGCCAGAACUGUUUUCCGGAAACUGGGGACAAAGGCAGUAUAAAUGA